UUUUGCUACCAGGAGUAGUUGUCAUCUUAUGACCGGGUGUUGACUGACGGCCGCUGCUUUUAGGAGAUACUGUUGGAGCUUUAGGAGACAAACGGGCGACUCGGGCGGCAACCGCUUGCCGGCGCCGCCGACCGCUCUUCCCUGCGCCUCGCUGUCUGUCGCCAGAGAGAGUUGGAGGGAAAGCCCUUGAACGACGGCGGCGAGGCGUGGGUGGAGGCGCUCUGGUUCUCGCGCGUGGCGGCCAGAUCUGGAGCGCGUUGGUGGAGUGGAGGUGGGUGGCCGCGGCUGUGGUGCCCUGCCGGGGCGGAGACUGGCUGGAGCUGCAGCGGUUGUGGGCGGGCCCGAUCUGGGCCUGGGUGGGCUCCGGCGGUGGUUGGCCGUGGUCCCGGCUGCUUCGGUGGUGGUGCCGGCCGGCUGUCGACUUGGGCGCAGUGGCCAUGGCGGCCUCCUCUGAUCCGGUUUGGUACGGUUCGCCGCCCGCCGCAGGUACGUCUACAAGGGUUACGGCUCGGUCUCAGCACGUUGGCAGCGGCUAGGUGGAGCGGACGGCGGGUGAUACCGGCGAUGACGGCGUCGUCUUCUUCCUCGGAGGCAUUGUCCAAAGGUACUUCCUCUUCACUGGACCGUGGCCGGUCUGACCAGGGACGAAUGUGGAGGCUGCUGACGUGAUCGACACCUUAAUUACCUGAGGGUCGAUGUGGUGGUCAUGUGCGAUUCUAGGCGAAAGCCAAAGUCUUUGAGGGGUCGACUCCGGUGACAAUGGCGCCCACGGGCGUCGUUACCCUCCUCCUUGGAGGCGUUGUUGCAGAACUCGCUCUGAACGGUCGCUUUGUUCGGUGGUGGAGGUCAGCUUGGGUGGGUCGACGACAGUGUUGUCGGCUUCCGGAGGGUGCUAGUGCUUCCAGCAAGCUUGUGACCUUGGCACGCUGGCGUUGCGUUUUGUUUGGAAGUCACUCCUUACCUGGGUUGUCGGGGUUUUGCUCGGUUGUCCUUUAAUCAACCGUGAUGUAUGGUUUUCGGCCUAGUUUUUCUUACAAACCGGGUCAGUCUUCUAUAUGAAUGUGCAGAAGCUCCCUCUUGACGAUGUUUCCGUUCAAAAAGGAAAAAAACAGAGCUGCCAUUCCAAAAUAGACGACAUCUUCAGUACUUCCUAAACCUGAUUGCGUUAAAAAGACGAUGCUCUCAAAUGGAACAUCCAAACCAAUGCGAGUUUUCGGCAUUGUAUCCUUUCAUUUCAACGAGAUCUUCAGAACAAGGUCACCGAUCGUUUGGGACUUCUUCACUUUUUGUUUGCAUAAUAAGUUUAUGCAUCGCUUCCUACUACAUCAUGCAUGGCUCCAGGACGAUCCUAAUGCAAAAAUUUCCAUUGAGUUUGUGUAGCUGGUUCCUAUAUAUCGUGAUUCUGCAUUGAUUCUCACUGCUAAUUUCCUGAUGUGUUUCUGCGUUCGAUCAUGCUUUACAAUUUACAUUGUAUGGCACAUUCAAAUCCUUUUUUAACUGCCUCCUCCGGUAUCAACUAUGGUACACAUUGGGUAAUUCCCGAAAGAUGAAAAGAGAAAAAGCAAAGGCAUCUGAUCUUUGUCUGAUCGAUAAAGAUGGAAUAUAGAUACAGGGAAAAGACCCAGGGUCCCCUGCACGUGAUCAUCAUGGAGAAGCAAAGGCUCUGCAUGCAGUCUGCUGAAAGAAGCAAAGAAUGGAGUAGCCGCUGGCGCCCCGUUGAUGCGAUGAUGCUUGCCUUGGCUUGCCGGCAUGGGGAGGUUCUGCUUCUGCUAGCUAUAUCGAUCUUCUGCUAGGCUAGGCUAGCCUCACAUCAAUUCCUGAGUUGAUAACCAAUUAAGGCAAAAAUUGUUGAGCUGCCAGAGCAAUAGCAGGCGGCCAUGGCGGAGCUGGCGACGGGGGCCGUGAGCACGCUGCUGGGCGUGAUCAGCAAUGAGGCGCGGAGGCUGGGCCGUGUACGGGGCGACGUGCAGUUCAUCCAGGAGGAGAUGGAGAGCAUGAGCAGCUUCCUGGCGAACCUGUCCCGCGGGAACAUCCGGGAUCAGCAGCACGACGGCGGUGGCGGCGACGACGACGACCAGGUCAGGACCUGGAUGAACCAGGUCCGGAUCCUCGCCAACGACUGCAACACCUGCCUCGACCUUUACCUCUACCGCGGGGACCCCGAGCUGCACCGCUCCAAGGCCGGCCUCCGUCGCUACCUCUACCUCUGGUGGGCUCCCUGGCUCAUGCGCAAGAUGCUCGCGCAGCACCGCGCCGCUGGCCAGCUGCGCGAGCUCAAGGAACGGGCACGAGAGAUCGGCGAGCGCCGCCUGAGGUAUGGCGUGGAGGUCAAAAGGUCUUCCAGUUCCGGUUCUGGGCUCACCAAGGAAGAAGUCCAUGGUGAAGAAGAUGAUGAUGAUGAUGACGGGGGCCAUCGUCCACUCAACCAAGAUGGUGGGUACCGUCGUUCACUCAAGGUGGCCUUGUCCAUGAUAAGCAUGGACAAGGAAGACUACUUGAAGUGGAGGCUAGACGACCAUUGGAUCAGACCAGUGGUGCUGAAGGGGGGCACCGAUUCAAAACAGCAAGUAUUGUUGCCGUCCAUCGUCUUUCUAGUACCGAAGACUGAGGAUGUCGGCUCUCUUGCGCAUCAAGCCAUGAAUGUGGCAGAGCGCGCCCUUGCACAUGAAGAAGGUGAGGCGGCUGUGACACUGGCACCGGAUGCCUGCGGUGCUCCUGCGAGAGAAAAAGCCCACCUUGAGCAUCAUGGCAAAGAAGACAAGCCAGCAAGCGAACACAAGAUCAAAAUCAAGUACCGCCAAAAUGUCGUCUCGGUCGACGUUCCGGAGGUGCACUAUGAUUUCCUACAACGGCGACCUGAAGACUUCCUCUACUACAUCCUGCAUGAGCUCCAGGAGGAUCAGCAGCAAGCCACAAUUCCUCCUACUCCUGAUGCAAGAUGGUAUGGUAUUUACUGGAGCAAAAGGGAGAUGUUUCGUGAAAUCAGGCUUGAAAUCCAAAAAACAUACAAGGUUAAGAAGAAGAUUGAAAGCCUCAAGACAGAGAUUUGCCAAGUGGUGCAGCGCAAGGAGGUGCAAAAACUAGACAAAAAGGACGUCAGCUACGAAGAGUUGAGAGAAAAAAUCACCAGUAAGCCCUUGCACAAACUCUUCCGUCUGCUCAUCGAAUCUACUGAACAAGACCGAACCGAUAAAGCCAUGCGUAAACUGGUGGCAUCGUACGAUUACGUCAUCAACCAAACAGCCAUGAAGCUUAAAGAGGAAAUAGAAGGCGGCACGAACCUGCAGGCCCCUGAAUACGAAGACAUCCUAUGGAAGAUGUUCCCAAAGCCAACCACCGCUGCCACUGCCACGGCUAACACAUUUGUUGAUGAUCAGAUAAAAGAAAUUAUACACGGGGUUAAAGAAAUGCUACAUGAGCUGCGGGAAUUAGACAGCUCUGACAAGAUACGAGAGACAGGUGAAACUUCAGCAGCCCAAAAAUUGCAAGCAGGUUUUAAGGAAACAACCACAAGGAAGAAGAUGGAAGAGAUCGAGAGGAAGAUUACAAAGCAGCUGAAGAUCAAAGGAAUUGUGCGCAGGAUUCAAGAUUGUUUGGAAGGUGAUAAAAGGAUCCUGGUCAUCCUCAGAACUGAUGGCAAGUGUGUAUCCAAAUGGCAGGAGACCAGGAACACUCUGAGGCUGCUGGGGUGUGCCCCCAUCGCAGGUGCUAUCAUUGUGGCCACAAAGAUCACUCAGCGGCAGGACGUUAAGGAAGAAGAUCUCUGCUAUCCACAGUUGGAGCUCAUAGAUUACUCUCCUGUUGGCCGCUUCCUUGAUACUGUGCUCCAGAUUACAAGACAACACGUGCAUGAAGGUAGCCGCCGGAUCCUUCGAAACAUAUUCUACAAGUGUGAGGCACAUGAAUUCUGCAUGAAGAUCUUUGCCCACGCAAUGUACACUAAACCCAAGAGGAGGAGACAAGAGCUGCAUAAGUUGUACAUGAGCAUCUUGCAUGAGCAUGACACACAAAAAUCAUUGCCCGGUGCUGCCAUUGCCAAGAAGAUGUUCAAGUUCUCCUACAAGGACCUGCCUAAACAGUACAGGUCCUGCUUGUUGUACCUCGCCAUUUUCCCUCAAGGAAAAGAGAUCAAGCGGUCAACCUUGAUAGGACGAUGGGUUGCAGAAGGGCUGAUAACCACCAAAGACUGGCAUUGGUCCUCUUCAGUGGAUGAAGCCGAGAAUUGUUUUGAUACACUCAUUGCCCGGUGCCUUGUUUGUCCUGCUGGCAAUGGCAUUGUUGCUGCUGGAAGGUUCAAGAGUUGCAAGGUGGAUGAGCCAGUUUAUGGAUUCAUCACCAAGAUCGCCAAGAAGCAGCGCAUCCUGGAUAUACGCCUGUCACAUGGCUUGGCUCGCCACUUCUCCAUUUUCAGCGAUGUCCGUCUCCGCAACUCUGAGAAAAUCGAGAACUUCUUGGAAAGUAUACCCAAUUCAUCUCAGUUCUCCAAGAUCAAGGUGCUAGAUCUAGAAGGCUGUGAUGCUCACUUUGCGAAGAACCAGCACUACCUGAGGGCCAUAUGCAGUAAGAUACUAAUGCUCAAGUAUCUAAGCCUAAGGGGAACAGAUGUUAUCCGGCUACCCGGAGAAAUCAACAAUCUUCUUGAGCUGGAGGUACUGGAUAUCCGGCACACCAAGAUUCCUGCAUCUGAAACAAGAAAUGUCCUUCUCUUAAAGCUCAAGCGUCUCUUGGCUGGUCAUGUCGAUCCAAGCAGCCCUCCCGCCGGAUUCUCCAGUGUCCAGAUCCCUGAGAAGAUCGAAAAAAUGGAGGGUGUGGAGGUAUUGUCCAACGUCAAGCCGAAGAAUAAGCGAGAUCUGAAUGACAUUACAAAGCUAUGUAUGCUGAAGAAGCUCGGUGUGGUUAUCAACAAGAGAAGUGAUCUCCGGCCAUUAUUGCUUGAGGCAAUCAGUGACCUCCUAGGUCGGUGCCUCCGUUCUCUGUCGAUUACUCUUAACAUAGAGACGAGCACUCCUGCCGGCCAAGGCAUACUACCAUGUUCGUCGGAGCUGCCUGAGGACAAGUUCCCCAAGGUUCUUGAGAGCCUAAGCAUCAUCGGAAGCACAACACAAGAGUAUUGUGAUCUUCUUCUUCUUACACUCUUUGCCCAGGAUGCCAAGCAACUCGCCAAGGUAACUCUAAGAGGCACUUGGCUGAGCAAGGCCGGUCUCAAGGUCCUCGCCAAGCUUCCCAACUUAUCUUGUGUCAGGCUUCGACACGUUAAAUACACCAAUAAUACCAAGCUCACCUUCAUCAAGGGUGAAUUCCAGAAUCUCACCAGCUUCGUUAUCGAGGGAGCCGGCAUAACUGAGAUCAAGUUCGAAGAUGGAGCUGCUAGUAAUCUCGAGAAGAUGGUCUGCUCAUUCACCAAGAUGGAGUCUCUGUCCGGCAUCGGCAACCUCUCAAGGAUAAAGGAGAUCAAGUUCAGCGGUGAGACUGUCCCUAAGGAGGUUGAAGAAGCCAUGCGUCGGCAAACAGCAAGGAGGCCUGUCUAUAUACACAACAAUGAAGAAGAAAACGAGACCAAUCAACCGGAAACGCCAGAUGACGACGCAUCAUCGUCGUGGAAGAAGGUUAAGUGUUUGGGCUGGAGGAACUGAGGGGGUCUUCCCUUUGUUUCUUCAGACAGACCAUUCCAUCAUAUCUAUCGCUUAAUUUCCUCCCAUCAUACAUAUAUGUGUGUAUUCUGCAAGUGUCGAUUGAGUGUUAUCUGUAUUCUGCAUGCGUGCCUUUGUGAUUGUGGUUGAGCUUAUGCAAUUAAUGGAUCUGUGUGGCUUUCCUCUGGACCAUAUAUAUAUAUAUGGUUUCAUGUAACAAGUGUUGGUUUCAUGUAAUAAGUGUGAUGCUGAUCAGCUACGCACAUCCCACUUAUAAUAAUUUACUCUUGUAUGCUUAAUUUGAGGUGAGUAGUUCUGCAAAAGAUGGAAUUGGACUGGUGUAUGUACACAUAAUAAAGCAGCUACCAGCUUUUAAUGUAAGCAACAUUUAUGUUUCA